AUGAAGGAUGUCUUUUUCUUCCUGUUUUUUCUGGGGAUCUGGCUGGUGGCUUACGGGGUGACCACACAGGGGCUCCUGCACCCUGGAGAAGCUCGGCUCAGCUGGAUUUUCCGUCGGGUUUUCUACAGACCCUACCUCCAGAUCUUCGGCCAAAUCCCACUGAAUGAGAUCGAUGCUGCGUUCAUCAGUACCGUUAACUGCACCAAUGACCCCAUCUCCAUGGUCAUGGACGAUCUGCCUCCUUGCAUCAACACCUAUGCCAAUUGGCUGGUGAUUGUCCUACUUGUAGUCUUUCUGUUGGUGGCCAACAUCCUCCUGGUCAACCUCCUCAUCGCCAUGUUCAGCUACACCUUCUCGAAGGUUCAGGGGAACAGCGACAUUUACUGGAAGUUCCAGCGCUAUAACCUGAUCGUGGAGUAUCACAAAUACCCUGCGCUGGCUCCUCCCUUCAUCAUCCUCAGUCACAUCAACCUCAUCAUCAAACGUAACAUCAGGAAAGUCAGCUCCGUCAAGAGGAAGCACUUCAUGAUGGAUCUUUCGAAGUUGGCAUCCAGUAAGUUGAUGACCUGGGAGAUGGUGCAGAAGGAGAACUAUCUCGUCAACCGCGAGAAGCUGAACAGGGAACGAGAUGGGGAGAGGCUGAAAAGGACGGGGCAAAAGGUCGACAAUAUCUUGAAGUACAUGACGGACAUCCGUGAGCAUGAACGGAGGCUGAGGAUACUGGAGGAGGAGGUGGAUUACUGCACAAAUGCUCUCACUUGGUUGGUGGAAUCUUUAGAUCAAAGUGACCUUAUCAAGAGCAGCAGAUCACCACCCAGAUAUACAGGGAGGGAGGGGGAAUGA